AUGCCGGGCUCAGGUGGCAAAACGAUUGCUGUGCUGGGCGGUGGCAUUACUGGACUGACAUCCGCCUUCACCUUAGCACGGUCGCUUCCUCAAGAUGCAUACCGAAUUGUCUUGAUUGAAUCUCAAUCACGCCUUGGGGGGCACGUGCAUAGUAACCGAGAGCCGUCUACCUCGGCCUUGUAUGAAUGGGGUCCCAGAAGUAUACGUCCUGUUGGAUACAGGGGGCUCCGCACCAUUGAAUUACUACAUCAACUUUCUCUUCAAGACCGUAUGGUACUUGUGCCUCGCUCCUCUGCCUCGGCGCAGAAUCGUUUCCUAUACCAUGAUGGGCAAUUGCUCCGUUUACCAUCUUCCUUUUGGUCAGCUAUACAAGCGACAGUGCGGCAACCAACACUACGAAGGAUAUUUGCAGAAGUUCGAAACGAAUGGCGCAUACCUCGCUCUGAACAUCUCGGCACAGCGGCUGGCGACGAAUCUGUCCAUGCGUUUUUCAAUCGCCGAUUUGGACCCUGCUUAGCUGACACGAUGGCAUCCGCUUUGAUGCAUGGCAUCUAUGCAGGAGACUCGCGUGAGCUUAGUAUAAAAGCUGUCAUGCCCUCUCUCGUCUUGACAGAGCAGAUGCAUGGCAGCUUGCUUCGGGCCCUUCUUCCUCGUUUUCUUAAUUCUCGAUACAAGGCAUCUACGUAUGAAAACUCGGACCAGGCCAGAAAAGAGGCCGUCGAAUCGCGCCUGGAUCCAGGUCUUGUACGAAAGCUCCGAUCUACUAGUAUCUACUCUUUUCCUCAAGGCCUUGCAGAACUGACUCGUGCUCUAGAGGCGGAGCUUCUUGCCAUGCCACACGUUUCUAUUUGGAAGGGCGAUGCCUGCAAGCGAAUUGUGCCUGGCCAACGCAUUGAGAUCGAAACGAAUCAUUCCAAGCUUUAUGCUGAUCGCGUCGUUGCUACUGUUCCUUCCAGCCACUUAGCACCCCUCUUGCCAGAUCUGCCCCAUCUCGCCUAUAAUCCAUCUGCUCACUUGGCUAUUGUGGAUAUUGUGCUUGGUGUAGCAGAUGUAUUACCGAUUCGUGGGUUUGGCUAUCUUGUGCCGCGGAAUGCCACAAAUAAUUCAGACGAGAUCCUUGGCGUCAUUUUUGACAGCGAUGCUGUGCCGAAUCAGUCACAACGACUUACUAAACUGACUGUGAUGAUGGGUGGACCAUACUGGCGACACCGUUCUUCUUUUCCAAACGAAGACGAUGUCAAAGAACGUGCGCUUCGUGCAUUGCAUUCUCAAUUAGGUCUUUCUUUGCUGACCCUCACUUCACAUCUAGAAAACAUUUACGCUCGCGUGAUGACUGACACUAUCCCCCAAUAUCUUGUGGGACAUCCUCAGCGCAUGGCCGAGUUGAAAGCUGCUAUCAAAAUGCAUCCACAAUGGCGAAACCGUCUUUCUCUGCUUGGCUACAGCUAUGGUGGCGUUGGCGUGAACGAUUGCAUUGCCAAUGCCAUGGACACGUGUGAUGCCAUUUGCAACUACGAACAGAACAGAUCGCCGCUGUCCGAUAUAAGUGGUCUUCAGCCAGCACUAUUUCCAGGAUAG